AUGUACAUAAAGAAAGUAUUCUUCGUCACUGCUUCAUCACGUGCUGAUCCGCUUGAUGAGAGAGAGGAGACGAGAGAGGCCAAAUAUAUGAACUACUUCUGUCGGUAUCGGAGCUUGCCCGAAAUGAUGAUGGCCCAUUCGGUUGACUAUCAAAGUAGUUCAAAACACGAAAAAGGUAUAAUCGGUGACUGUUUAAUAUGUGGAGAACCGAGCACUGGCAAACACUAUGGCAUUGUUGCUUGUCUAGGAUGCAAGACAUUUUUUCGGAGAGCUGUGGUGCAGCGACAGGACACGCUAUGCAAACGCGAUAAUCCAUGUGAUGUAACUCAAGCUGCUCGAAAAGCCUGCCGUGCAUGCCGUUAUAGAAAAUGCUUGGAGUGCGGAAUGAGCCGAGAAGCUUUGCAACCACGUCGUGAUUUGAUCGGCUGCCGACGAGUUAGAUCGCGGCCAAUUCCACGCACACCGUCACCUGCCGAGGUUUCUGCCACAGAUCCAACCAAAGAAUAUUUGCUGCAGCUGAUUGAGAGGCUCACCGAAAUCGACCAAAGAAUUAGAAAAAGGAAGUUUGAACUGAUGAGGUCGAAAAAGGAGGCCAUGAACCUGGCCGAAAUAGUUCGUGCUGGCACUGAUUACGAUGAUAGCAGCAAUAAAUUGAUGAUCAUUCUUGCUAAAGAUAUUUCGCAUGUGACGCAAACAGACUUGUUGAUGAUGUUGGAAUGGGUUCGGACGCUUCCAUGUUUCCCGCCUCUAGCUGUGGAAGACAAAGUCACACUUUUAAGACGUUUCGCCGUACAUCAUUUGGUAUUAGAGCAUGGGUUUUUCACUGCCAGCAGCAAUAUGGAAGAUGUCUGGUUAAUCUCGAAUGGAACAUUCAUGCCUCGAGACGUAGAGGUUCUCCCCGAAGAAUAUCGUUCAUCAAUAACACCAGAUCGUAGAUGGAGGCAAGAAAAGCUCUACAAACAUAUGACCGAUACGUGUAUAGACGAGGUCGCUACUCCACUCAGGCAGCUUCAGCUUCUACCGCAAGAGCUGGUCGUAUUGAAAAUCAUCAUGCUGUUCAAUUGCGGGAAUCAUACAGAAACCUCAGAAAUUUCGGACGAAUCGCGCAAGGCCGUAAUAGCAUAUCGCGACCAAGUGAUUUCUGCUCUGUUCCAAUACUACCAACAUAUCUGCUACCAAAAUUAUCCUGAGCGAUUUGGCAACCUGAUCCUGAUGAUAUCCGGUGUAACAUCAGCUGCAUCUGCUAUGCUGGAAGGUUAUCAGGUGAUGCGUUUGUUCAAGAUCGUGACAUUCGACAGACUUUCCCAAGAGCUGCUUUUUAACCGUGAUCUGCUAGGCUUUAAUUCUUAA